GCUAUGUGGCUUGUGCAACUGUUCCACUGUUUGUAUGUACUAUAUGUAUGGAUGGAUGUCUGUACACACUAUAUGUAGUUGGUAGAUCGUAGUCAGUUUCCAUGCGAGACAAGAGACACCAUUACCCAUAAGGUCUGGCGCCACAGGGGGUUGGUUUAUCCUUUAUAAAGCCUGAACUCUUAACUGGCUAGACAUGCAGCAAGAUCCUAUUAAAAAUCAGUGUGAGAACUAUGUUAGAUAUUUAGACUGCAAUGUGUUCCAUCACAGUCAGUGUCUAACGUCCUGUUCCUCCCCCUCAAGCUGGCCACUAAGAGACUGUGGAAGCUGAGGCAAACUCAGGACCUCGACAUCAGCGGGUGACACCCAUCCCAGGGUGCCCUGCUUCUGGCGUUGCCAUGGGAGACGGGGUGGAGCCUGAGAAUGGGGCCCAUGCUCUGUUUGAUGACUUUGUUCAGGCUUCCACAUGCAGGGCGACCCUUCGUGCCUUCAGCCAGUUGUGUGAGCACCUACAGCUCGCACACACACACACACACUCUCACACACACACCCCGCCUCGGCCUCUCUACCACACACUCAAAGCCCGCCUCAGCUACUGGAGGGCCAACGCACUGUGGGCCAAACUAGACAAGCGAGCAGCUCACCUGGAAUACAUGAAGGGCCGGGCCUGUGCCAACACCACGUGUGUGAUCAUCGGAGCGGGCCCCUGUGGGCUGCGUGCAGCCGUGGAGCUGGGUUUCCUAGGGGCUCGGGUGGUGCUGCUGGAGAAGAGAGACGCCUUCUCCCGGAACAACGUUCUCCACCUCUGGCCUUUCACCAUACACGACCUCAGGGGCCUCGGAGCCAAAAAGUUCCACGGAAAGUUCUGCGCUGGAUCGAUUGACCACAUCAGUAUUCGCCAGCUGCAGCUGGUACUGUUGAAGGUGGCUCUGCUCCUGGGGGUGGAGGUACAUGUCAACGUGGAGUUCAAGGGGCUGCUGGAGCCACCUGAAGAUCAGCACAAACAGAAAGUGAGAUGGAGAAUGGAGGUCCAUCCUAGAUCUCACCCUGUUAACCAGCUGGAGUUUGACGUCAUAAUCGGUGCAGACGGACGACGGAAUACACUACCAGGCUUUAGACGUAAGGAGUUCCGAGGGAAGCUGGCCAUUGCCAUCACUGCCAACUUUAUGAACAGAAACACCACGGCCGAGGCCAAGGUGGAAGAGAUCAGUGGAGUGGCCUUCAUCUUCAACCAGAAGUUCUUCCAGGAGCUGCGACACAACACAGGGAUUGACCUGGAGAACAUUGUGUACUAUAAGGAUGAUACCCACUACUUUGUGAUGACAGCCAAAAAGCAAAGCCUACUAGAAAAAGGAGUGAUUCUACAGGACUAUGCGGACACAGAGAUGCUUCUUUCCCGAGGGAACGUAGACCAGAAGGCCUUGCUGGUGUAUGCUCAUGAGGCGGCUAACUUCUCCACCAAUCACCAGCUGCCAUCCUUGGACUUUGCCAUCAACCACUAUGGGCAGCCUGACGUGGCCAUGUUCGACUUCACCUGCAUGUACGCUUCAGAGAACGCAGCACUGGUCCGCCAGAGGCAUGGGCACCAGUUGCUGGUCACACUGGUGGGAGACAGCCUGCUGGAGCCGUUCUGGCCCAUGGGGACUGGGAUUGCGCGAGGGUUCCUGGCAGCGAUGGACUCGGCAUGGAUGGUUCGCAGCUGGGCUCUAGGACACGCCCCCUUGGAAGUUUUGGCGGAGAGGGAGAGUGUGUAUCGCAUUCUUCCCCAGACAACCCCAGAGAACAUCAACAAGAACUUCAAUCUGUACACUGUGGAUCCAGCUACGCGCUACCCCAACAUCAACCCUCAACUCAUCACCCCUGCACAGGUCAAACACCUGAUAGACACAGGAGACAGCAGAGAUGUGGAUAUAGACAUUGAGAAUCUCCACAGCUCGCCCUUAUCCAAACUACAACGACAAGAAUCCUUCUCUCGCUCCAGUAAGCUGUUGAGCUGGUGUCAGCAGCAGACCCAGGGUUACCGAGGUGUUGCCGUAAGCGACCUGACUAGUUCCUGGAAGACUGGGCUGGCGCUGUGUGCUCUCAUCCACCACUACAGACCCGACCUAAUUGACUUUGAGUCUCUGGAUGAAGCAGAGGUGGAGGAGAACACUCAGUUGGGCUUGGAGGUGGCCGAGCUGGAGUUUGGCAUCUCUCCAGUGAUGACGGUGGAGGAGAUGUCAUCUAUGGGAGAGCUAGACACUCUUUGCAUGGUCAUGUACCUCAGCCAGUUUUACCAGCUCUUCAAGGACUCCAUGCCACCCAGUGAGUCCCUGGGUCAGAGCUCAGAACGCAGGGCUGCCCUGAUGACCCCCGCCUCCCAGCUGAGCAGACUAGGACACAGUCCCUCACGCAAACGCAACCCCAAGGGGCAGGAGAAGGAUGCGAUGGGGAAGAGAAGGAAGACCAGUCGGCCAAGCCCAGAUGAGGAGGAAGAAGCGGCAGAUGGUUACUACGACGACCUAACUUUGAAGGCGGGGUCUGUGGGCGGAGCGAGCCGUACCAGAGUGCGCCUGAUGGCCAAUCAGCUUCUGGCUAAGUUUGAGGAAAACGCCUCCGGCGCCCCCUCCUCCUCCUCGGCUGCAGCCUUGCUGAGACAGGGGGAUUCCAUGCCCAAUCUGCCUGCCCCCAUAUCAUCUCCUGCCCCCCAGUCUCAGCCAACUCCUGUGGUGCCCCUCCCCACAUGGAGACAGCGUACGCAGCAGCAGGAGCAGAUGAGCUUUCGUUACAAGGAGAAGGUCAAGUGUCACACCCUCCCUAGCAGAGGAGAGCAGAAAUUCGUUCAGAUGUACACAAAGGGUGUAAGCUCACGGGCUGAACAGUUAACCAAUCAGCUUCAGAAUCAGGAGGCCCCCAAACCCGUUACUUCAGGAAGGAGGGAAUCGGUGAACCUGCGGAGUGUGUUUGCGUCGGGCGGCACCAGCGACGUGUGUUUCUUCUGUAAGAACCGCGUGUACGUGAUGGAACGGCUCAGCGCAGAGGGCCUGUUCUUCCACCGCAGCUGCUUCCAGUGUGACUACUGUAGCUCCACCCUCCGCCUGGCCUCCUACGCCUACGACAGACCCACUGGGAAGUUCUACUGUAAGCCUCACUAUGACCUUCGCCUGUCUGGGGCUGCCCAGAGAAAGAGGCCUGCCCCCAACACCCCCUCCUCACCCUCAGAGAGAACUCCCUCCCAGAGGACCUCCCAGGGGUCUCUGGCUUCUCUGCCCUUCCCAUCCUCCGUUGAUGGUCCCCCUACUGUUACUACGGCGAUAACCGAUGGUCGCAGAUCCUCAGUGGCGUCUCUGAUAGAGAGGGAGGCAGUCCUGGCUAAGCGGGUGCGCAGCACGCCGGAGCGCAUUGAGCUGGAGAACUACCGUGUGACCCUGGGGAGCCUGGAGUCUGACCUGACUGAGGAGCCAGAGGAGGUUCCAGAGGAGACGCUGGCCAAUCAUAACCUCAGCCUGCUGGUGAAGAACACAGAGGGCUCCAGUUCUGAGUCAGACAUGGAGGAGGAGGGGCCACAGACGGUGACCUCUGAACUGUCCAGAGCCUCCUGGAGGCAGGCGGUGGAACUGCACAACCGCCUGAGGGGGCAGAAAGACAGCAUGACAGGGGAGGAAGAGGAGGAUGAGGAAGAGGAGGAGGAGGGGGAGGUGGAUGAAGAUGACGAUCAUGACGAUGAGGAUGAUGUUGAAUCUAGUGAUGACGAAGACUUGCCCCCACCUCCACACACAUCUGAGGCAGUAUCAUUACCCAGAAGCAAUGACGGCACACUCUCUCAAACACACUGCAGUGACACAUCCCUUGGCGCACACACACUUGAGAUCGUUUUGCCUGACUCCACCACGCCUGACACAACAGUUCCAGACACACACAGUCUGGACCCCCACGGUCCUGCCAGCCUCCCCAACAUCACCAUCUCCACCACCCUCAGCAGCACCCUCAGAAGCCCCACCUCCUCCGUUCCCACCCCAGACUCCAACUCCUCCGUGUUCACCUCUUCCUCUCCCAACUCCUCCUCCGGCUACUCCCCUUGCCCUGAGGAACUGGGGAAGGAGAAAGCGCAGGAUAAAAAGGAGAAGAAAGAGCGUGAGGAGAGAGAGAGGGGGAUGAAGGACAGAGGAAGGCGUGACCCCAGCAGUAGCUCUGGGGUGGGUAUGAACAGUGAAUCCACCACCUCCGACUCCACCACUCUGACCCCUCCCUGCACCCCUCCCUCCCGCUGCCUCAAAGAAUGUUGGGAUAGCGUAACCCAGAAUUCCUUGCAGGAGGAGGAUCUGCUUGGCUCCGCCCCUCGCCCUGCACCUAUCAUGGCAGCUGUGGUGGUACGGAGGGCCGACUGUGAGAGCAGGGGGUCUUUCGGAGAGCUCCUGGGUGAUGACGAUGACGAUGAAGACAAUAUAUUAGAGGACACAAGUCCCCCUCUGUCUCCUCAGAAGCCCCUGCAGCAGGUGCUGGUCAGGGAGCACAGUGCCAGAGUGGAGAGGGAGAAGGAGAGACAGAGGGAGGUGGAAAGUAGGAGGGAGCUAGAACGAGCUGCCAUGUGUAUAACCUGGGAGGAGACGACCCCCCUGAGCUCUGAGCCCACCUCGGGGAAAACCAGGGGGGGUCUGGACCCUCGCAGACUGACGGAGAGCCUUCCUCCACUGCUUCUCGCUUCUCUGCAGGGAGGCUCCAUCUUCUCCCACCUGAAGGGACUCAGGGACACGCAGGGCCCCAGCCAGAGUGCUCCCGAGGAGGGGACGGAGGAGGGCAGACACAGGCCUCUCUGGAAGGCUGUCUUCUCCGGGUACAAGAAGGACAGAAAAAAGAAGGAGAGGACUUACUCUCAAGACAAGAUGGCUGCUGCUGCCCCAUCAGAACAUGGCAGGAAGGAAGCAGCCAGGAAGGAAGCAGCCAGGAAGGAAGCAGGCAGGAAGGAAGCUCGAGAACGGAAAUCCACAGGCCGGCCCUUGAAGGUUAAUCAGAGCUGGUUGGAGGAAUCUGAACUGACCUGUUCUGCAGUCAUGGAGAGAUGUUCCCUGAACCCCAGAGCCAAUACCACCUAUGUCCCACAUGCUCUGGCGUUCAGGAGAGCGUAUGCCAUCAAGAAGCGUCCUGUAAAGAAGAGCACGCCCGCUAAGGAGCCAGGGGGCGAGUCGUCUUGUCCCACAGAGGUGUUGGGGGCGCUGCUGCCUUUCAAGGACCCCUCCAGCAUGAGUGUGACCGACGCGCUGUUCCAGAAGGCCGGCGCGGAGGAGCAGCUGGACGCCAGGAUCACACGCAGGGUACAGAGGGCCGCACGCAAACAGGCCAAACAGGAGCAGCUCAAGAGACUGCACAGAGCACAGAUCAUCCAGAGACAGUUGGAGCAGGUGGAGGAAAAACAGAGACAGCUUGAAGAGAGGGGCGUGGCUGUGGAGAAAGCUCUGAGGGGCGAAGCAGACUACUGGGGAGACUCUAGUGAGAACCAGGAGCUGGAUUUAUAUUUGGGGGGGAUGGGCAGGCAGGAUAACCCAGAUCUGAUGCAACAGUGGUUUAAGCUGGUGCAGCAGAAAAACAUUCUGGUGCGCUACGAGUCGGAGCUUGUGAUAUUUGCUCGAGAGUUGGAGUUGGAAGACAGACAGAGUCGGCUUCAGCAGGAGCUCAGAGAGAGGAUGGCCGUGGAUGACCACCUGAAGGGGGAGGGUGAGCUGGUGGAGGAGAGGCUGAUCCUGGGGGAGAUGCUGGAGGUGGUGGAGCAGAGAGACGCCCUGGUGUCCCUGCUGGAGGAGCACCGGCAGCAGGAGCACCAGGAGGACCGAGACCUGGAGGCAGUCAUGCUGUCCCGAGGCCUGGGUCUGCACUGGGCCUGACCACAGUCAUGCUGCCCUGAGGCCUGAGGCCUGACCUCAGUCAUGCUGUCCUGAGGCCUGGGUCUGCACUGGGCCUGACCACAGUCAUGCUGUCCUGAGGCCUGACCUCAGUCAUGCUGUCCUAAAGCCUGGGCCUGACCACAGUCAUGCUGUCCUGAGACCUGACCACAGUCAUGCUGUCCUGAGACCUGACCUCAGUCAUGCUGUCCUGAGGCCUGGGUCUGCACUGGGCCUGACCACAGUCAUGCUGUCCUGAGGCCUGACCUCAGUCAUGCUGUCCUAAAGCCUGGGCCUGCACUGGGCCUGACCCCUCAACCCCAGACCCCCCUCCACACCAACUGUACCACGCUUCACCGUGCUCUGCCUUGUGACAUCACAUACACCCUCACCCCAGCCUGCCUUGAGACAUGACUUCCUGUCCAGCAGGAAGCCAGCCAUCACCUCCCCCCACCUCUCUUACAUCAAGUACACUAUCAUAACGGUGAUAAGGCACAUCCUCUGGCCUACCACACUACACCUCAGCAGGCUUCUGACCCUCAGACAGCAGAAAGUGCUCCGCUAUGACCCCCUGGCCUGGUUAUCCUGCCUACAGCUGCAUGUCCCUGCGUGUGUUGUCCUCCAUACCCACUCUCCCCCCCCCCCCGCCUGGUGAACCCUGAACUCACUACCCUACUCGUGACAGGCUUGGGAUCCUUACUACUUGUGGCUUUCGCCAUACCUGAUAGGAUCACAUGGCUUGUUAAAAUGAUAUCCUGCUAUCCUUGGAUGUCGUGAUUAACAUCUAUAAAACAUGAGGGGUACUGCUAAUUUACUAAGCCUUCUAAUGGUAUGUCGAUCUUUGUAUGUUGUAUAAUAAAACAAACUUGGAUGUCUGACUUUUAAUGAAUCCAGUGAAACCUUCACCAGUACAUU